GCUGCUCAGUUACCAAUAUCGUCCACGCUUCUACUGCCGUGUCAUUUUGUGGACUGCUAUCCAAGGCCCCGGCUGGCAGGCAAGAAUGAAGAGCGAUUUUCUGAUUUUUCUGGGAUGUUUAUGUUGUGUUUCACAUGCAGCGAGGAGAAGAAGAGUAUGCCCAGGACUUCGAGACCCCGAUUACGUGAAUUACUCUAAUAUCCGAAGAUUUCGGGGAUGUACAAAAAUUAAUGGGAAUAUUAUAAUCACUGAUGCUACAUUCCAUGGAGAUCCCUAUCUUAAUUUGAUGGGACUUCAUCCGGACGCCUUAAGGGUAUUCGAAAACGUCCAGGAUAUAACGGGUUUUCUUGUGGUACAGGGCAAACACACUGACUUCACAAACCUAUCAUACUUCAAGAAUCUUAUUCGAAUACGAGGAAAAAAGACAUUGAUGAACAACUCAUUAACCAUAGCAUUUACAUCAUUAAAAUACCUCGGUAUGACGUCAUUAAAAACAAUCCAGAGAGGAAACGUAGCUAUUGCCAGCAAUAAAGAUUUGUGUUAUGUUGACAGUAUAGAUUUUCGAAAGUACUUUAGAAGGUCAAGGCGCCAAAAAGCCAUAAUCAAAAGAAAUAAAUCAGUAUUAAAUUGUGUUUCAGAAAAAGCUGUGUGUAGCAUAAGAUGUUCAACAGAUGGGUGCUGGGGACCAGGAUACAAUAACUGUGUUAAAAAGGAUACACGAUUUAGUAAUCUAAUCGAUGACAUGCUACAGUCACAGUCAUUUUACACGUGACAAGAGCUCACAUGUAGUGUCAUGACGUCAUGGAUUUAUCAUGGAGUUGAUGUCACUUCCGGUAUUAUACCAAAUGAGAUUACUGGUCCACUGCCAUUUAUUUUUGUUGUUGGUGUUUGUGUUAUUAAAUGUUUACAAAUUCA